AUCAUUCUACGCCACAACGACUGAGUCGACCAGUUGAUUACGAUUUACGAUAUGACAGUAUUCUUCGUAUCAUUGUGACGUGCAGGUGUCGUAGUUGUCUCCUGCAGAGUGAAAUAAGAAUUAUUAUCGAUAUAACAAUUUUAUAUUAUUAUUAUUAUUAUCAGAAUAAAUAAAAUAUUCAGACAAUGUUUCGCAUCACCAAAACGCUCUCGUCAGCUCCCAGGAACUUUAAUAAGGCUCUCGAAGCGCCCUUAGGACUUUGGAACGCAUCAAGAUGUUUGGCUACGCAAGCUGCAGUAAAACCAUCCAGCGAAGAAAAACCGCAGGAAAAGCUUGCUACAAAAGAAUCUCAAUCCUUCACCAUGAAUCUCUUCCGUGGUCAAUUACAAUUGAAUCAAGUGUUCCCAUUUCCAGAACCUAUGGAUGAGGAUCAAACUGAUACGUUAAAAAUGCUUAUUGAUCCUAUAGAGAAGUUUUAUGAGGAAAUAAAUGAUCCAGUUAAAAAUGAUCAAAACGCGUGUGUAGACGAGAAAACGGCAGCUGCUCUCUGGGAAUUGGGAGGGUUUGCUCUGCAAGUGCCUCAAGAAUUUGGCGGAUUAGGAUUGACAAAUACUCAGUACAGUCGAGUUGUUGAAAUAUGUGGCUAUCAUGAUUUGGGUCUUGGUAUCAUGCUUGGUGCACAUCAAAGCAUAGGUUUCAAGGGCAUACUUUUAUAUGGCACUCCGGAACAAAAAGCCAAAUAUCUACCUCGGGUUAGUAACGGUGAGUACGCCGCUUUUUGCUUGACGGAACCAGGUGCCGGUUCUGAUGCCAGUUCGAUACGUUCACGCGCGAUCAAGUCUGCGGACGGAUCGCACUAUGUUCUCAAUGGCAGCAAAAUUUGGAUAUCGAACGGUGGUAUCGCCAGUAUCAUGACCGUCUUCGCGCAAGUGCCUUUCAAGGAUCCAAAAACGGGCGAAACGAAAGAGAAAAUCACCGCUUUCGUCGUCGAGAGGGAAUUCGGUGGUGUUACCAGCGGACCGCCUGAGAAAAAAAUGGGCAUUAAAUGUAGCAAUACGGCAGAAGUUUUCUUUGAGGACGUCAAAAUUCCGGCGGAAAAUGUUCUCGGCAAGGAGGGUGAAGGUUUUAAGGUUGCAAUGAAUAUCCUAAACAAUGGAAGAUUUGGUAUGUCCGCGUGCCUUUCCGGUACCAUGCGUUAUUGCAUCAACAAGGCUGUAAGUCAUGCAACGCAACGCAAGCAAUUUGGUCGUACGUUAAACAAUUAUGGUACUAUACAAGAAAAGUUGGCGCGCAUGGUUAUGCUACAUUAUAUCACCGAGUCUCUCGCAUACGCACUUUCUGGAAACAUGGACCUUGGAAGCCAAGAUUAUCAUCUAGAAGCAGCUAUUUCAAAAUGUUUCGCAUCCGAAUCUGCGUGGUUGGUUUGCGAUGAAAGUAUUCAAAUCUUAGGAGGUAUGGGCUUCAUGUCUGAAACUGGUUUGGAGCGUGUGAUGCGCGAUCUACGCAUAUUCAGAAUCUUUGAAGGGACAAACGACAUUUUGCGUUUAUUUGUGGCGCUCACCGGGAUUCAGUAUGCCGGUAGCCAUUUGAAGGAACUGCAGAAAGCUUUUAAAAAUCCCACGGCGAAUUUAGGGCUAAUCUUCGAGGAAGCUACUAAACGGGCGACCAGAGCGAUCGGUUUAAGAUCGCUGCCUACCUUUGGGGAUUCAGUUCAUCCGAGAUUGGCUGAAAGUGCUGCACUUUGUUCAAAGAGUGUAGAAACCUUUGGUCAAGUGAUAGAAAAUACUCUUAUUAAAUAUGGACGAGGAGUUGUAGAGGAACAGUUUAUCCUCAACAGGAUUGCACAAGCUGCUUUUGAUGCAUGUACAAUGGCGAUUGUGCUGAGCAGGGCGACUACGUCGCUGAAUAAGAAUCUUCCUAGUGCAGAACAUGAAUUGUUAAUGACGGAAACUUGGUGUAUGGAGGCAUCCAGCCGCAUUGCAUAUAAUCUGCAGCAGGUCAAUACUGGUAAGCACUUGGACAUUUUUAGUAAAUUAAAUAAAAUUUCGAGAAAUGUAUGCGACGUCGGCGGGUGCGUACAAUUCAAUCCUCUGGGCUUUUAAGGUUUUAUUGUAAAUUUAAUAUUGUAAAUUUUUUUUUCUGUAAGAAACGACUUAUCUGAUUUUUCUAUGCUCCAUAUAAAAGAAUAAGAUUUGCCCUUUGUGUGAUGAGAAAAAAA